GCUGUAUGGCUGAAGAGAAAGUAAAAGUUGGUUGUCGUGUUAAAAUAGCAUCGAGAUCCGUUUUUGGGACCGUUGCUUUUGUCGGAAUAACACAAUUCUCACCAGGAAAAUGGGUGGGUAUAAUACUAGACGAGCCCAAAGGGAAGAACAACGGCACGGUUCAGGGGAAACGCUACUUUAGAUGUGAGGAAAAUUUUGGUAUAUUUGUGCGCCCAUCUCAGCUUACUCUUCUAGAUGGUCCGGAAAGAUCAGACGUAAUGAAGUUAUCCACAUCUAGCGUUGUUUCCGAAUCAGGUGCCACUUCAGAAUCAAAGGAAGUUACAAAACUUGCUGGUUCGACAUCUUCGUUGUCUGUAGGAUUGAAAACUCCUGAGACAGUUAAAGUAUCAGUCGGUGUUGAAGGCGGUUCAACUCUCUUACAGUUUAAAAAUCUUGAACAACAAAAUGAACGAAUGAAAGGAGCACUGGUCAAGCUACGUGAUUUGGUUAAUCAAGAUAAAUCGGAAAUUUCAGCUUUAACUAAACAGAUUACAUCUUUAGAAUCAGAAGUUAGUCAACUUCAAACAGAAAAAGAACGAUUAACAAAAAAUUUAAAAGAUAGUGUUGAACAAAUUAUUGAAUUAAAAGAACAAGUGGAUGCUUACCUCGGCAUUGAUACAAUGGUCAGUCAGUUGACACAACGUAAUUUAGAACUGGAAGAAACGCUUGAGAAAAUUAAAGAAGAAAGAAAUGAUCUGCAAGUAAUAGAUGGAGAAAAGUCUGGUGUGUUAUGUAGACAGACAAACACUAGUAAUAUAAAUGAUUCUGUAUUCCUUAGUCCAUUGAAUAACAACAGUAUGAACAAUAUUCGCCGUGGUAUCGAUGAUGCUAACAAUAAAACAACUGGAACAAUGAAUAGAACUCCGAAUAGAGAUAUGGAUGGAUUGAAGCCGCCAUCAUUAAAUGCUGGAAUGGAUUCUGGCAAUAAUAUGCUUACAGACAAACCAGUAGGUAGUAGCAUUGGCAGACAUAAUUCAAUGCGAUCGUUGGCUGCAUCUAAUCGACCAACAAGUCUAUCAAGAACAGCAAGUGUUCGACGGGACAGGGAUUCUGGAUUAAUAUCCAAAGCACUCGGCUACAUGUUUGGCUGGUCAUAA